CUGCCGCACCUGCGCAGCCAUCUUGUACUUCUAGCGAGGAGCGGACACAGAAAGAAAAAAGAGGAAAAUUGAUCAGUCAUAUUUGAAGAAAAUAGGAAUGUCUAUAAAGUUUCUGUAACACCACAACGUUAGGAUACAUCAGCUUGACCAAGGGGAGUAGAAAAAACUCAAAUUUACAUCCAAGUGCCUCGGACAUCUAGACUCUCGAGUCAUCUUUUGCCUGCUGUAGGAGAGAAGGAAGGAACAGACAAUUCGCCGACUGAAAAACACAUCCCCAACGUCAAAUCAUGAAUCCCGAAUAUGACUACCUUUUCAAGCUCCUGCUCAUCGGUGACUCUGGUGUUGGAAAAUCCUGCCUCCUGCUACGAUUUGCAGAUGACACCUACACAGAGAGCUACAUCAGCACCAUCGGGGUGGACUUCAAAAUCCGGACCAUCGAGCUGGAUGGCAAGACCAUCAAACUGCAGAUUUGGGACACGGCUGGCCAGGAGAGGUUCCGCACCAUCACCUCGAGUUACUACAGGGGCGCCCACGGCAUCAUCGUGGUGUACGACGUCACAGACCAGGAGUCGUACAACAACGUGAAGCAGUGGCUGCAGGAGAUCGAUCGCUACGCCAGCGAGAAUGUCAACAAGCUGUUGGUGGGCAACAAGUGUGACCUCACCACCAAGAAGGUGGUGGACUACACAACAGCCAAGGAGUUUGCGGACUCCCUGGCCAUCCCUUUCCUGGAGACGAGUGCCAAGAACGCCACCAACGUGGAGCAGGCCUUCAUGACCAUGGCCGCCGAGAUCAAGAAGCGCAUGGGUCCCGGCGCCACGGCCGGUGGCGACAAGCCCAACCUGAAGAUCGAGAGCACCCCCGUCCGACAGUCUGGAGGGGGCUGCUGUUAAAGGACCCUGCCUCCAGCAACCCUGGAGCCCCUCCUCCCCUCCCCCCCACCGCUCCUAUCUCUACUCACCCCCCACAAACACUCCUCCCUGUUCACUAGCUACCCGGCUGCGUAGACGGAUAUCUGAACACACACCUUCACACCCCAUCCUCCUCUCCGAUCACUGGGCAAACCGACAUCCAGGCAGGGGCUAGCGGGAGGGACGGGUGGAUGGACAGAGAGAGGGAGAAGUAGAGGAGGGACUGGAGAAGGAUUGGAAAGAGAAAGAGCCGGGAUGAGGGUUGGGGUUUGCAGGGCAAAGAGGAUGAACCUACAGUAAACAUGAGAUCAGUAGAGAGGAACAGGAUGAUGGGAGGUUUCGAUUUUGAUUCCGUCUCAACCUGUAACACACACACACACACACACACAUUCUUUUGCUGUCCCCCCCCCCUUCUUUUUUUUUGAGGCACAGUCUGCCAUUUGCAGAAUCAAUGUCUAUAUAGCAACAAACACCCAGCAGCUUAGAAGUAAUCCAAUUGGCCGUCUUCAUAUCAGACCUGGCUAUGCCCUGGAGAGAGGGCGGUAGAGAGAGAGAAUGAGUCACGUGUGUCUGUGAGUCACCAUUCACCGUUGUGAAUGCAGUAGUAACAAUUAUUUACUCUUCCGCUGUGGGAUAUAAACAGCCAACACGGUGCGGUGCAGACAGUGGAGUUGUAGAGGCCUCACCAUGCCAGAUAGAGACAGGAGAGCACUGACUCACCACGCCCAUUAUAGAUGAGGGUGCAGGGAUGCCCACUUUCAGUCCUCCCCUUCCCCACUCUCUCUUACACACGCACACACAUUAUUAUUUUAAGUGAAAUCAACAUUAGAGACACACACAGCCUGCGUUUAGAGGGGUGGGUCUGUUUUGGGGGUCAGGGAAAGGCGAGGGUAAAGCUCAGAUCUCCUGGUAGCACAGGAAGGCUUCUGGUUGGACUUGGAAUCACUUCAACACUCCAUCCACUCAUCCAUCAAUCCAUCUGGGAGCAGGGGGGGGGGAGGGGGGGGUCACCCUGGGGGAAGCCAAGAGGAAACCAGAACGGUGGUUUUAAGUGCUGUAAUAUAUGGUGUUGGCUUGUUCUUGUUUUUUGUCUACAUCAGUUCAUAAGAUAGAUUUCACAUGUAAAAUGGAGGGAAAAAAAAUCAAGAUUGUCUUUCUGUCCAGAAAUGACACUAUAUAUUUCAGUAUGAUGGUUCUUCAAUAAACACACACACACACACGUCCACACUGAUAGGAGCAUGAUGUAGUUAUACUGUAGACAUGGGGUGGGGAGGUGAGGCGUUAGGCUGGGAAGCCGAUAUUCAACUAUGAAUUAACCAGACACAAGAUAUUGGCAAUAUUCUGUGUUCAUCUUAAUAUACUUUUACAGUUUUAUUAUCAUUUUAUUUGAUAUUUUUAUUUCAUGUCGAUUUUGUUUUCAAAUCGAGAAAAGCUUGUACAAAUUGCUUAAUGCUGUCCGAUUUAUAAGUUGGGUUUGGGAUUUCAAUGUGUGGUCUGAACUAGGUUGAGGGUUGACCGGGGGGGUGAAAGCUACUGUUCCCUUCCUUGCCUCGCGAGAGUCCUCAUGACAUCUGUCCUCAGCAUUUAUUGACCCGUGAUCAUUCACAGUGGCGGUGUUGCGACCCCCCCCCCAGCUGUUGUCAUGUGUGACCUGCAUUGCAGUAGGUGUUUUAGAUCUCCCUUCAGUCGGUGUGGUGGAUUAAGUGGAACUCGUGUGUCACGCUUCUGUCUUCAGAAGGGUGAGCUCUCUCAGUCAUAUUAGAUGCGUGGAUUAGAGCUCUUCAACUGUCAAGCUGUUAAAACAUAAUACAUUAGCUGCUGUUUUUGGAGUCUA